GAAGACCUGUCAUUAGAGGAGAGAGAAGAACUCAUAGACAUUCGUCGAAGGAAAAAGGAACUCAUCGAUGACAUUGAGCGGCUGAAAUACGAGAUUGCAGAAGUGAUGACAGAGAUUGACAACCUGACGUCUGUGGAGGAGAGCAAAACCACGCAGAGGAACAAGCAGAUAGCCAUGGGGAGGAAGAAGUUCAACAUGGAUCCCAAGAAGGGAAUCCAGUUCCUCAUCGAGAACGACCUGCUGCAGAGUUCCCCGGAGGACGUGGCCCAGUUCCUGUACAAAGGGGAGGGGCUCAACAAGACCGUCAUCGGGGACUACCUGGGCGAACGGGACGAGUUUAACAUCAAAGUUCUCCAGGCUUUUGUGGAACUCCACGAGUUUGCUGAUCUCAACCUCGUACAGGCCUUAAGGGCACCCCAGGAGUUUCAGCCCAUGCAGCUCCUGGCCACCCACGCUGGUCGCUCCUUGGGUACACCCGUGUGCCUUUCCUUCCUGGCUGUGCGUCAGGCCGAGGCGUCCUCCUGCCUCAUCUGUGUGGGCUGCUGGACCUGGGUGGACACCUGCUAUGUGCUCUCCUUCGCCAUCAUCAUGCUCAACACGAGCCUGCACAACCACAACGUGCGUGACAAGCCCACGGCUGAGCGCUUCAUCAGCAUGAACCGCGGCAUCAACGAGGGCGGGGAUCUUCCUGAGGAGCUGCUGCGAAAUCUGUACGAGAGUAUCAAGAACGAGCCCUUCAAGAUCCCAGAGGACGACGGGAACGAUCUGACGCACACCUUCUUCAACCCCGACCGCGAGGGCUGGCUCCUGAAGCUGGGGGGCCGAGUGAAGACGUGGAAGCGGCGGUGGUUCAUCCUGACGGACAACUGUCUCUACUACUUUGAGUACACAACGGAUAAGGAGCCCCGGGGGAUCAUCCCGCUGGAGAACCUCAGCAUCCGUGAGGUGGAAGACCCCCGGAAACCAAACUGUUUCGAGCUAUAUAAUCCAAGCCACAAAGGGCAGGUGAUCAAAGCCUGCAAGACGGAAGCGGACGGGCGCGUGGUGGAGGGGAACCACGUGGUGUACCGGAUCUCUGCACCGACCCCCGAGGAGAAGGAGGAGUGGAUCAAGUCCAUCAGAGCGAGCAUCAGCCGGGAUCCUUUCUACGACAUGUUGGCCACGAGGAAAAGGAGGAUUGCCAAUAAAAAAUAGGCGCUUCCCUGGCUCCCAGGUGAAAGAGAAGCCAAAACCCCAUAGCAGAAAAAGUGGCCGCUGCACCCUCCUGGGACGUCCUCUGGCACCACCCAAUGCACGGCCUCGGGGCUCGAGGGUGGUAUCCCUUGUCCCCCAGAAGACUUGCCGAGGCCCUGGUUUCUGUGCCGGGCUCGGGCCUCCGAGGAAGAGACAGUGGGGGCCGGGGACCAGGCUGCGCGCAGAGACCAAGGAGGGCGAUGGCAGCCUGGGACCAUCGCCAUGGGUGGGUGUCCAGAGUGUUCUCCCUUCCUGCUGAUCUUCGGGUCGGGGUCAGCCAGAAUUGCUGCACGAGGACCGCAAUGGUGAUGAUGGACAGACGGAUGGACGGACGGUCGGGGACCAGGCUGCCACCAGCCACGCCCACACACUAGCUGUGCCAGAAGCCACCAUUUUAUAGCAACACAGGAAAGGAAGAGCUACCACUUUUUUUAUUCAGAAUUUUUUCCUCAGAUAUAUAGGAUUAUAGCUUUUAUAUGCCUUUUUAUAUUCUGAAAUUAUAAUGAAAGAUACUUACUUUCUAACAGUAGUAUUUUUAGACUGGCAGCUAUAAAUUUAACUCCUGGACACAGCAGAUGCUGUGCACUGAGAAAAUAUAUAUGCAGCACCCAGAGGGGUCUGGCAAGGGAGGAGUUGGUGCCAACCGGCUGGUGCCAGACUCGCCUGCUAUCAUCAAGUAGGGAGGGGCCCUUAGGGGUUCUUGGGGGGUCACAAGCACUUGGGGAUGGGGGAACGGCCCGAUGUGUGAUACCGCCUGGGGCCACUCUUGACUUUCUUGCCCCCACAAAUUCCUCUUUGCAAACACUUUCUGGAAAGCAAAUCAUGAAGUACCAAUUAUGUUUCCAAGCAGGGUGGCCGCACCCCACCCCUCGGGCUUUUUCCCUGGACACACAACUGCCGUGUGGUUGAGACCAUGCACACAUCAGCCUGACAUGGGUCAGGCUGGCUGGCUGGCUGUGGACCACAUGCCUCUCUCUCUCUCUCAAGCCCUCAUUUCCUGACCUUGCCAUAACAUGACCGAAUUUGCUCAGGUCGUGAUCGACCCUGGAGCGGCUUACAGCGAUAAGCCGUGCUCAACUAGCCUCGACCAUGUUUUCUGAGACCUCGCCUCCCCUCUACAGAGGCCGAGAGCAAACGACAAGCCAAGGGCGACGUCUAAAACGCAGCCCUGGUCUAGACCAAGCCAGCUCGGAGCCCGCCGGAGUCGGCCAAGAAAGUACAGAGUGGUGGGUGCAGUGAGCGGGCUCAGCCCCGACGUGGGGUGCCAAGUGGUGCUUUGGAGCUUCAGGAAGGGCUGGGUGACAGGGCCACAGCCUUGAAGGCACCCCCCCCCCAUGCUGUAACUGGCACAAGAGGCUUUGGCACCAGGGUCGGUGACCGCCUGCCCUCUGCACGACCUUGAUGCUCAGCCCAAGGGGCGGCCCCUCUGUCUCCGAGCACAUGAAGUCAACUGAGACUGCGAAGGGGCUCCCAGCCCGUAACCCCCCACCCCCACUCAUCAAACCCACUUCUGUUGGUGUCAUCCCAGGCUUUUAGGUCUUGGCGAUUGUACCAAUACCUCAAAUCUGCACCUUUGGUUUUGAGAAGGCAGUAGUCGGCGUUCUCAAUGGGCCUGACUGGAAUUAUGCAACUCUGCUCCCGUCUUCCACAUCAGACAGGCUUUCACAGCCAGGGCAAGGUGAGGGGUUGCUCAGUCUGUUUCGAACCCAGGGCGACCACUCUCAUUUCCCGCUUCCCCCCACCCCCUCAGACGUGCCCCAGCACAGGCUAUUGUGUUUGGACUGUAGCCUCAGAGAGGUGCUGGGAAGCAGGAGCUGGGGGGCCUGGGUAGGGGUGGCGGUUGGUGUCUCUGCUGUGGCCGUCUGAGGGCUCAUUCCUGGCCAAGGCUGCUGAUAGAGCUCUGCAGACAGGACACGCAGUGCUUCCAGCUGGUGACACACCGUCCAGUACCCCAGGCCUCGUGAACUGGCAGGUGUUUGCGUGGUGGGCCCACAGCUGUCUUGGCUCCGGAACACUCUCCUGGCCAGGGCAGCCGCCUUGUCUCCUCACGUGGGCAGCCUGGCUUGCUUGCCCGACUCCAGCCUGAUCGGUCAUCCAUCCUUCCCACCUAGCUUCGCAGCUCAGUGCUCCAGGUAGCAGUUCCACCUCUGGCCAGAGACACGGCUGCCUCCAGAGGCACAGAAAAUGGGGGUGGGGGGCCUUUGGCAUCCACCAGCACUCUGGCCUGAGCCCCAUCCUGAGGCUGAGUGGACUGACCCUGGGCCCCAGACAGAUGCCCAUGUUGCAGGGCCAGGUGGUGGUUUUGUUGCGUUUGGGGGAAGGGGGGGUGAGACAUGGUGCACUCAACAGGAGCUCUGUACCAUGAAGCAGCACUGAGUGCUGAGCCCGCAGUGCAUCCUGCACAGGCCAGGUGCUGAGAUCUGCAUGGAUGUGCUGGCUGGGCUACGGGUCUACUGUAGACCAGAAACUACGAGUUGUGCUUUUUUCUCUCCUUAGAAAACAUUUCUAUUGACAGUAAAUGUCGUAUGUAUAUAAUGUACAUAGAUAGGAAUUUCUGUAAUGUUUGUUCCUUCGUGUAUAUACUUCCACAACUUGCAUGAAGAAAUCCUCUGUACUUUGUAUCUUGUCGGAGUCCGUGGUUGGUAAAACCGGAAGGGGUGUGCUGUAAAGACGCUGGCAAAUACUGUGCUCACUCAAUAAAUAACCCAUGUACUGCUGAA